GGUUAUUUAAGAUUAACAUUACACAUAAUGCGCAGGAUAAACCAAUUAUUUUACAUAUUGAAAGAAUUCGCGUUCAUUUAAAGAAUAUAUACGGAAUGACGUAAACUGGAUGUAUUUUCAAAUGAUCCGCGCAGAUUUCCUUAUGUGGCUAAGGUUUAUAUAAAAAUUUCCGGAAGAAAAACUUUAAAUCGAACAGACUAAAUACGCACACUUGCGGCGCAUUCUGACAUAGCCAACGAUCGCAUGUUGGCAGAUCUUAAGCAAAUGCACAGACGCUCGUCUGGAUUUGCGUUUCAAAUAUGCUUUCUGACUCAUGUCCCGAACUAACCUUUUAAGCUAAGGCUGCCCCUCACUUUCCACUGUGUUUGUCCUGCACAGCCACAGAAAGGGAAAAUGUCUCACCACAACAAAAGGGCCGGAGCGGCGUGGCGUCCCCUUUAAGCGGCGUAUCCCUUUAAGCGCCUGGCUGGCCGCGCUCGCUGUGUGUUUAAGGUCUGGCUCCCUUGUCAAUAUCACACUUUGAAUGUAUCAAUGCAAAGCGAUGGGAAUCUUGCAGACAUGGCUACAAGACGAACGAUUUUAACACUGCUGGCCCUGGCUGGCCUAUUUAGAGCUUCAGUCGCUUUGAGGUGCAACUGCACGCAGUGCGAGAAGACCGACUAUGAGUGCGAGACAGACGGGGCCUGUAUGGUGUCCACCUCCCACAUCGAGGGCCAGGAGCUCCACAUCCGCAUCUGCAUCACGCGGGACAAGCUGGUGCCGCCGGGGCAGCCCUUCUACUGCCUGAGCGCCGAGGGGCUGCUCAACACCCACUGCUGCUACACUGACUACUGCAACAGCGUCGACCUCAAGGCCCCCAUUGGAACGGCAGAGAAGCAGGCAGAUGAGGGCUGGCUGGGGCCCGUGGAGCUGGUGGCCGUCAUCGCGGGCCCCGUGUUCCUUCUGUGCGUGCUGUUCGUCGUGGGCGUCUUCCUGUUCCAGCACCACCAGCGCGCAUACAGCCACCGGCAGCGGCUGGACGUAGAGGACCCCUCCUGCGAUCAUCUCUAUCUGGCCAAGGACAAGACCCUGCAGGACCUCAUCUUUGACCUGUCCACCUCCGGUUCUGGUUCCGGCCUGCCCCUGUUUGUACAGCGGACUGUGGCGCGGACCAUCGUGCUGCAGGAGAUCAUCGGGAAAGGCCGCUUCGGGGAGGUGUGGCGGGGCAAGUGGCGCGGCGGCGACGUGGCCGUCAAGAUCUUCUCAUCCCGCGAGGAACGCUCCUGGUUCCGCGAGGCUGAAAUCUACCAGACCAUCAUGCUUCGGCACGAGAACAUCCUUGGCUUCAUCGCCGCCGACAACAAAGACAACGGCACCUGGACUCAGUUGUGGCUGGUAUCUGACUACCACGAGCAUGGCUCCUUGUUUGACUACCUGAACUACUACACCGUCUCCAUCGAGGGCAUGGUCAAGCUGACCCUCUCGGCGGCCAGUGGUCUGGCACACCUGCACAUGGAGAUCCUGGGCACACAGGGUAAGCCGGGGAUCGCCCACCGUGACCUCAAAUCCAAGAACAUCCUGGUGAAGAAGAACUGCACGUGUGCAAUCGCAGACCUGGGCCUGGCCGUGCGCCACGAGUCCAUCACUGACACCAUCGACAUUGCUCCCAACCAGCGUGUGGGAACCAAGAGGUACAUGGCCCCUGAGGUCUUGGAUGAGACCAUCAACAUGAAGCACUUUGACUCGUUCAAGUGCGCCGACAUCUACGCUUUGGGCCUCGUGUACUGGGAGAUAGCACGCCGCUGCAACACUGGGGGAGUCCACGAAGAGUACCAGCUGCCUUACUUCGACCUGGUACCCCCUGACCCGUCCAUCGAGGAGAUGAGGAAGGUGGUGUGUGAGCAGAGGCUUCGUCCCAGUGUGCCCAACUGGUGGCACAGUUACGAGGCCUUGCGUGUGAUGGCGAAGAUCAUGCGGGAGUGUUGGUACGCCAACGGGGCGGCCCGACUGACAGCUCUGCGCAUCAAGAAGACACUGUCCCAGUUGAGUGUGCAGGAGGACAUUAAGAUCUGAGCACACGUUUGUUGUCAUUUUUUACUACAUUUGUUGUAGGAGACGCACAAGAGAGGAGACAAAGGACAAUUUUAAGAAGACCUGCCAGUUUUUAUAGUCACAGUCCAGGUUGUGACAAGGCCUACCUCACAUUUUCAGCCAAAACUACUGAGAACUCUGCCCCUCCUUUCCCGCCCAUUCUUUGUUUACCGUCUGCCUGGCCCUCCCCACACCCACUCGGCUCCCCCUACCCUACCCAUGAUUGUCCGGCCCUUUCCAAGCUGGCUGCCCAUUUUAAGUGCUACUACUUUCAAAAUUUUCUGUUUAUGGCAGGAAUUUUAAUGAUAGCGAUUUUUGUUUUCUUUUAUUCUUAGUUUUUUUUUUUUGUCUAAACUUUCUCCAUUGCAUAUAUAUAUAUAUAUAUUACUUUGGCGACCUUCUUUUAACUUUUAUUUUAGGGAUUUUUAGUGGGUAUUUAUUAAUUUUGUGGUAUUUGCUUUACUUUGUGUUUCUUCUUUUCCCUGCAAGGCUGCUUCAUUUUGCUGUGCUGAUAAUGUGAAAAGAAAAGAAAAAAAAACUUCAAAAAUGAGGUAAAUUGCCUCGUAAACAUACAGGCAGGGUGUAGCAUCUCCUACGUGUGUUUUAGCUCCAGAGAACCAGGCCACAGGCUGGAGAGGUGCCCUGUGGGACCUGCCUCACAGGUUAAUGAUGGAGAGCGUUCGUUCCAAACUGUGUGAGCUAUGCGCUCAAGACGGGAAGAGAGCCUCUUUCCAGCUGAUGAAAUGACUAUCCAGGUGCUCGCAAAUCAAGUCGACACUGUCCAAAAGUCAUGUGAUUGGUGCGCAACCUGCAAAGGUGUCAAAGUGGUGCUGAUAUUGUAGCCACUCUUCUGAGAGCCGCCGUGCAGCUCUUUGAGGCGUCUGAACCGAUCACCUGCUCACGAACAAUCCUUUCCAGAUAAUCAGAGCAUCAAAUGCUUCAUCAUGCUGUAUAGGCAACGAUCUCAACGUUUUGAAACGGUGAAGGUUUCAGGUAACCUUUAAAGCCAAGAAGUAGUUGUGAUGAGUUUGCAGGACACCAGGGAAGCCGGUUAAAGAGACGGUGCUGUACGACCAGUAAGACGGACUGGCUCUGAGCCGGAGACUCCCCAUGUCACCACUUACAGCCAGUUGCAUCCUGUAUCGUGAGAAUGGUUUGCAGGAAAAGAGGUUUCUUGGUGACAUUGCCACUCAGGCUCAAAAUGCUGCUAGUCCCAAAACAUAGUUUCUCCCUUUAUUCACUGAUGGUGUCCGAAACACUGAGCAAAUGAAGUGAAUGAAAUGGCAGUUUGUAAAAUAUAUCUGUAUUCUGUAUAUAGAUGAGUCCAGUCAUUUCGUCCCACUUCACAAACUACUGUAUUCUUCUCUUCCCCAUCAGAUACAAGGUACAAAUGAUCUGUAAUAAACUGAACGUUUACAACUUCAAUGGUACUAUAUUUAUUUAUACAGCUUUUAUAGAUUUUCAUGUUCUUCCCUGGAAAGAUGAACGUUCUUUUUUAUACUUGUAAAUAUACCUGCAUGUAACAUACUUGCAAAAUGCGUGUUUUUUUUUUUUGUGCAUUUUUCCCCUUUUCCUCCAUACACAAACUGUAAAUAAGUUGUAUAAAUUUUUGUGUUUUUUUUUUUCUAGUAGUAAAAACUAUGGUUGUUCCCAGCUUUGGAAUUAUCCGUAAGGAAUACCGCUGUACUUAUAGAUUAAAACCUGAGGUUUUAAUCUUUUUACUUUUUUUAUAAUUAUACAGCGCCUUUAAUAAAUGUAGCUAUGUUUCCAGUGUGCAAGGGGUAAUUCUCAUUUUUAUUGCCAAGUUUCACAGGAACACCUUGUACUCCUGCUAACCUAAUUGUGAUGUAGGACUUCACCCAGCGAACAGCUUAGUAUAAUGAGCAGACUCCAGGGGUAACCUCCUUCCGGCUGAAACAGAAGAACAUAGCCUUGUCCCCCCAUGAAAUGAAUUGGGAAACUGGGUGAAAUUUUAUACAAGGCAUGUUUAUUAUGAGAUGUAUUAAACACUACAAUACAGUUGUAUUUUUAAAGCCAGUACUAGUGCCUGUGGUGUUGUGCCCUUUCUGGGGUGCUGUUUGUACAAGGGCGGAUAAAAUAAUAAAAAUACCUAACAAUAUUAAGGAUAUAUUGUUACCCUUAUAUUAUUACCCUUUUACCUACAGAACAGCCUCAGUCACACAAAUCCUGAGCUGUGUGUAGUGGGGUAUUUCAUCAUUCUUCAUGAAAACAUGCCUACAGUUUAAGGAAUGAAGGUGCUGGAAAUGUACUUGUUGCACUGAGCUGCCCAUAAAGGUUUAGUGAUGUUUGAAUCCACUAUAGAAUUUCUUAGUGUUUGUUGGGGUGUUCUGAUAGGGAGGUGUUUGCACCAUGAGGAGUACUUGGUCCUGUAAAAUGGUCUCCUAUUUGUUUUUAUGGCCGUUAUAUGACUAUGCAGAGCAAUCAUUGGAUUUAAGAACUCCCAUAAGACAACAAAGGUGCCGAUUCAGUUCACUGGCGUUUUUGCGGCUGUACUUUCGCGGUGUUUACCCUGCUUCAGGUUAAAUCGCUGUUCCUUUUUGCCAGUAGUUUCUCUGUGGUUGCUAUACACCGCCACAAUUUUUGAGGCUUUCCUUAGAAGCAUUCAGGAAUUUCUGUUACUAUUGCAGUGCCCUGCAAUCGGUUGGUGCCCCAUCCUGGGUUGUUCCCUGCCUUACGCCAGUUACAGAAAAUGAAGAAGGUUACUAAUGCACUCCGAAUUCUGACUAACUAUCUUUCCGCUUUGGACGUUAGUAGCUUUGAAUACUCACCAGAUGGCCAAAUCCUUUUCACAGUUCACCCCAGCCUAAUGUGACACCUUUGUAGCUGCAUUUGUAAUUCUGAUAUAGUUAGAACGGGGUUUAUUUUUCUAUGCUGUAUUUCUUUAAACAGAUAGUAGUUAUCUAGUCUUACUGCUGUCAUUUUUCUUGCCCCCCGAAAAAUAGCUUGUAACAAACUGCUGAAGGGAUUUCCCCAAGUAAACAACAACCGCACUACUAAAUGCCAUCUGAUUUCCUUUGUGUAAUGUGGCCGAAACCGAUGCAAUGGAAACUUCACUUAACCCCACUUCCUGAAAGAAAAGUGAAAUUUCUGAUUGAAUUGAAACCAUACUGACGAAGUUGUUAAGGAAUUAUGACGUGUGUCAUGUAUGAUUACAAUAAAUUGAGGUGUGGGGUGUAUUAUCAAGAAGAUAGAUAUGAUUUUUCAUUAAGCAUCACUUUUUCUGGUCUCGUGGUCAGUUCGAAGCUAAAAAGAGAUUUUUGUUAAUGAGUAGCUAGCAGGAAGCACCGGAAAUUACGGCAACUAGAAAGUUUGACAGUGAGUAACAAGGUUAAUGUUUCUGAGUUUUCAUACCUUAUACUUGGAGUGAAUCCUACUCCAAAUUAUACAAAUGUAUUAACAGUCUGGUCACACAAAGGUGAAAUGCCUCUUUCGUACAGCCACUCUACAUGUGAGUAAUCAAGUUGGACUUCAGCUAUUUGCAGUGCUUCUGAUGACAAGGAAAUGUGUAGGUGUGUUUCUGUUUACAGGGCAUAAAAGUGUUAUGCAAUCUAAAAUUAAGACAGGAGUAAUGCUGAGUUUUUGCUGGCAAGUGUUUUGAAGCCAGAGUUAUGGAAAUUCAAUAAGCUACAAUACUUGAGAUUUUCAAAUUUUUUGUUGUAAAGCAAAUCUUGCAGGAGGAGUUUGUAAAAUGUAAGUGAAACUGUAAUAAAUGCCUUUUUCCUAUU